AUGAUAGAAAACCAAAAAGUAAGAACAAAUAGGGUCUCAAGGGGAAAGUGUUUCUUCUUUUCUGUGGUAACCAACCUGGAAGGCAUGUUGGAUGUAAAAACUCUGAUCAUGGUGCUGACUGUGGCACUCUGUGGAGCUGAGCCCACCACUUCACCAAAUCCAGAAGAACUUUCUAAAGCCCAGGACUAUCUGUCUCAGUUUUUCUCUGAUGUGGGUGUCAGCGCUCCCGGCAGUAACUGGCGAAGUGCUCUGGAUUCCUUCGAAGACUCUUUAAGGAAAAUGCAGGCUUUUUUCGGCCUGGAGGUGACAGGCCAGUUGGACUCCAAAACCAUGGAAGUGAUGUCUCGCCCUCGAUGUGGUUUCACAGAUGUGGCUAGAUAUGGACAUUUCGAUGGUCGACCUAAGUGGGACAAGGCCGUGCUCAAAUACCGGAUAACCGAGUACACGCCUGACCUCAGCAGAAGUGAGGUGGACGAUACCAUAGCCAAAGCUUUCCAACUUUACAGUGAUGUCAUUCCUCUAUAUUCAUGUCAAGCUGGCAUCUGGAUGAGGAGAAUUCAGUCUGUCUGGCCUAGAAUCCGACGUGUUGAUGCAGCUUAUGAAUAUAAGAGCCGUAACACUGUCUUCUUGUUUGAAGGUGAUCAUUACUAGGGUGUCAGAAGAAACAGCAUCCUGCCUGGUUAUCCCAAACCUCUCAGUGACUUUGGCCUCCCCCUCUCCGUUACCAAGGUAGAUGCUGCUGUUCAUGUGACGUUCACAAGCAAAACCCUUAUGUUUGUCAACAACAAAUACUGGAGUUUCAAUGAAAGGAGGAGGAGAGUUGAUGCUGGGUAUCAAAAUUUUUUUUAGAAUAUGUCUCUCACAGUGGACAUGCACCUAAGAUGAAAAUUUCAGACCCCUCCAUGAUUUCUAAGUGGGAGAACUU